UCACCCUCUGCGGGGGUCCGAGCCGGAAGCACGCGUCUGGAGAGCAUUUCACCUUCCAUGCGGAUUAUGUCCCUCACGCGUUGGAAGGGCAACGCAUCAUCACCGUGCGCAGUCACGAUGAAGAGUGGUGAACUAUCCCCGCAGGGUGUGGAUUACAAGUGAAACAAUUCGUGCCAUGGCGUUAAGGAGGCGACUUUCCUCGAAUUUUAACCUCAAGUGUGGGACGGUGGACAGAAUAUGAGCCAAGAGUUACUGGAGAAGUGAUGGAGGGCGCCGGACAAGUCGAGCCCACCCAGUUGCCGGCGAACGCCUCCAACAUCAGCCAGCCUGAGGAUGCGUCUGAGGUGGUUUGGAGCGCGCACAGCCUCGCCUACCAGAUCACCUUGGCGUCGCUCCUUUCCGCCAUCACGUUGGCCAUCAGUCUGUCCAACGCCUUCGUCAUCGCCACCAUCUCCCAGUCCAAGAAGCUCCAGACGCCUGCCAACUUCCUCAUCGCCUCGUUGGCAGUCACCGACCUGCUGGUGUCCAUCCUUGUGAUGCCCGUGUGCGUCCUCUACACGGUCACCCACGAGUGGACGCUAGGCCAGGUGGUGUGCGACAUUUGGCUGUCGUCGGACAUCACCUGCUGCACGGCGUCCAUUCUCCACCUGUGCGUCAUCGCCUUGGAUCGCUACUGGGCCAUCACGGACGCGGUGGAGUACUCCAAAAAGCGCACGCCGGGGCGCGCGGCCGGGAUGGUGGCCACCGCCUGGGUGAUCGCCAUCUCCAUCUCGCUGCCACCGCUCUUCUGGAGGCAGGUCAAGGCGGACGAGUUGACCAGCUGCAGCGUCAACACGGACCACAUCUUCUACACCAUUUACUCCACCUUCGGCGCCUUUUACAUCCCCACCCUGCUGCUCAUCGUUCUCUACGGGCGCAUCUACGUGGAGGCGCGCAAACGCAUCCUCAAGCAGUCCCCCAAGAAGAAAAAGAGGGUGGCGGGCAAGAGGCUCACUUCGGCGUACUUGACCACGGGCUCCCCCGGCUCGAACGCAUCCACUAGCCCCCUGCAGGGCGGCAGACACGACGCGCCGUCCAGCGACACCAACUCGUCCACCAGCGACAACCAGGUGAAGGUGACUCUGUCGGACGCGGCUCUGGAGAAAAAGCGCAUUUCAGCGGCGAGGGAAAGGAAGGCCACCAAGACGCUGGGCAUCAUUCUGGGCGCGUACAUCGUGUGCUGGCUGCCCUUCUUCAUCUACACGCUGGUGGUGGCCGCAUGCGACGCUUGCGUCAUCCAAGAGCUCUUUGACUUCUUCACCUGGCUUGGCUAUAUGAACUCGCUCAUCAACCCCAUCAUAUACACCAUGUCCAACGAGGACUUCAAGAAAGCUUUCCACAAACUGAUUCGCUUCAGAUGCUGCAGAGGGUGAUCCUUUAAAUGAUUUUUCAUGAUUACGAAUGUGAAUAAGCAGAUGCCAUAAAUUACAGUUCAAAGCCAUGGCGUGUGGAUGUGGAGGAGGGGGGCUAUAAGAGGAAAUCUACAUAUUCUUUAUUAUAUUGAAUAUGUCAUUGAUUGCCUAACCUACAGGGGAAAUCUGGAUUUAAUAAUAAAAAAAAAAUGUGAUCAUCACUGCUGUUUUCAUGCAUAAAAAGAGACAAAAAGGCCAAAAACAUGCUCAAUCCAAUAGAUCUGUAUAUUAAAAAAAUCUGCCUUAAUAAAAAUAAUAAUGCUCACUUUUGUUAGGAUUAAUUUAACAGUAUUUAAAUUAUUUGAUGGAAUGUAUUUAUUCCUCAAUUUAAUUUUCCUUUUUUUUAAGUCAUUAUAUUCAAUUUUAUUUAUUUAUUUAUUUAUUGAUUCAUCAUAUUCAUUUUUAUUUAUUGCAGUAUUAUUUAACCCCUUAAUGGGAAAUUUACCAUUUAUCAUUACCAUCUUAUGUGUAAUAAUUGUAUUUAUUUAUUUAUUAAUGAAUGCAGUGUGAUGGACUCAACUCACACUUGGUGAACUAAUUUAUUGACACAAAAAAGUUUAAAUAUUACAUCUGUCAAUAAUAUACAUUUUAGCCCCCCAAAAAAGGCAGAAUUUUUACUAUCUUCUAUUGGAGCUCAUUAAAUCAGGGGUGGCAAACCUGUGACUCGUGGGCCAUAUGUGGCCCGCAAAAGCUCUCCAUUCUAUCUGCCAUGUCAUUCUAAAAACUAACAAAACCUCAGAGGAACUGUCAUGAAACACCUCGAAACAUUUGACCCUUAAAUGUUCAUAAUAUAAAAGAAGAAUAAGAAUGUUGGACCAUUGUAUCAAACCUCAUCACCAAUGGUCUACUAAGAGGAGGUUGUCCACCCCUGCAUUCGAUGUGCGGUGUAUCCUCAUCGUAAACUUGUCUCAAGCUUUGCACAGUUGUGAACCAGAUGUGUAUGUGUGCGUAUUUUCAGAUCACUUUUGAUAUCAUGCUUCUUAUGUUUUCAAAUGUCACACAGAUAAGCUGUGUGGGCUGCUAUAGUGUGUGUCUGCAACGUGAUGUCUGACCUACACACACACACACACACACACACACACACACACACACACACACACACACACACACACACACACACACACACACACACACACACACACACACACACACUUACACGCAAAUGGGUGUCAUCUCUUUCCUCUCAGAGAUGCUGUGCAAUAAAGAAAAGUAUUUCAAGUA